AUGGCGACUUGUUUGGAAUGCAAAAUCAAAUUAUGCAGUUACUGUCGAAAUUACCAUGGAAAAUUGAAAGCAUCAAGGAAUCAUACAAUUGAACCCUUGCAACAAAAUAAAUCAGAUGACGUGGAUCAGUCUGGAGAAAAUGAUAAGGACAAAUGCAAAGACCAUGGUAAGGAAUUUUCAUUCUUCUGUAAACCAUGUAAUUGUUUAUUGUGCAUCGAGUGUUCAGAAGAAUACCAUCGUUGCCAUCAAGUCGAAAACUUUUCUCUGUUACUUCAAAGCAAAAAGGAAAAGUUGUUAGUCCGAAUCGCUAGCUUCAAAGCCAGAAUUUCGUUUCUAGAAAAUACUGCUGAUAUGGUAAGAUUAAAUAAAAGUAACUAUGACAAUCACUGUCUCGUGAUGAAACAAGAUGUAAAAGAACAUGCCAAAUAUUUGAAAGAUCGGUUUUGUAGUGCUGUCGAUGAACUAACAAAUAAAAACUUACAUACUAUCGAUGAUGUAAAAACGAAAGACAUAAACGAACUUGACAUAUACCUGAUUGAACUCGAAAACGCAAAAAUGUCGUUAUCGGGACUUGUCAUGAUAACAGAGGAUGUUAUGAAUAAAUUGUCAGUUGCACACUUCCGUGAAGAAUUUUCGCAUAUCGGGAAACGUCUUGAUAACGAAUUGUGUAAAUCUGUAAGCAUCUUUUCUUCUAUUCAUGACUUGAAUUUUGAAAGGAAAGAUGUCGCUAAAGAUAUUAUAGAAAACAUAUUUGGAAAGUUUAUUGCUAGAGCAAAGAAAAAUGAAACAAAGCAAACGUACCCACAGUUACCGUUGCCUGAACUCGGUCUAUUAUCAGUGCAUAAAGCAGAAAAAAUAUCCGAGUUUGUCCUUGAGACCGAUAUCAAAGACAUUGUUCCAGCGGAAAAUGACAAUGCAUGGAUAUUAACCGACACCGGUAUCAGUAUGUUAAGCUGCAAAGGUAUAUAA